GGUCAAUUGGCAGCUUGAUUAAAUCUACAUUUAUCAUAUACAUCAGUUUUAACAGUCGUUAUUUUAGAUUUGUCUCGUAUUAACGAUAUUUCGGUGUUUUUAUCGGCUUAUGUAGUGACGUCGCAAGGUUCUGGUCCACGAUAUUUUUAAAUUUUGUACAUAAAAUAUAAAAAUGGAUAGAUCGGAUGUUCAAGUAUAUAAAGCUUUUCAAAAGCAACCAACAGUCAGCAUUAAGAAGAUUCAAAAGUUGGGAAACAGAGCAAGGUACUGGAAAGAUGUAGGUAUGGGCUUUUCUACUCCAAAGGAGGCCAAGGAAGGUGUCUACAUUGACAAGAAGUGCCCUUUCACUGGAAAUAUUUCCAUCCGUGGCAGAAUCGUGAAGGGUAUGGUUAUUUCAACAAAAAUGAAGCGUACUAUUAUCAUGAGGGUAAACUACCUCCAUUAUGUACCAAAGUACAAUCGUUUUGAGAAGCGCCACAAGAAUAUUCCUUGCCACUGCUCACCAUGCUUCACUGUUACCUCUGGUGACAUUGUUACUGCUGGACAAUGCAGACCACUCUCCAAGACCGUUCGCUUCAACGUCUUGAAGGUUGAGAAGAACGAAGUCUUUGGUAACCCACGUAAGCAAUUUAGAUUGUUCUAAUUUUCUAGCAAUUU